UAUUUCCCUCCUCUUCUCAAUCCCAUGCGACAGCUGAGAAUGAGGUGUCUUUUGCCUACCUAAGUAUCUACGGAAUUUACGAUUUGUGCUGGAUUCCGUGGAUUACGGUACGUACGAAGUGCCUAGGUACUAUCUAUCUCUCUACGGAGUAUCUACUUGCAGCAUUCAGACACUCCCUUGCUCUCUUAAUAACAACCAUCUAAGAGGAGGACAAAUCAAAUCAUUUGUUUUGCGGGAAUCCUUUCUUUUACCAUUGACCAUUUUCCAUUUUCCAUUUUCCCUCGAGGCUACUCUACUCUGGCCUAUCCAAGCCCAAGCAAUUUCGAUUCAUCUCUCCUUCUCUCCUUCUUCUCCGUAUUCUUUUCCAUCCGCCAUAAUCAACCUUUCUUUCUUAUCCCUAGCUACCUACUUUUUGACUUUCGUGAAGCAUGGAAAAUGCGUGAUAUGAUGUAUGUACGAUUCUAGUCUCACAUACUACUAUUUACUACCAUCUAUUAUAUCAAUCGCCUCUCCACAAAUCCAUCAUCCGCGCUCCGAAUUUCGUCGGUUUCAUGUGGCGUUUGCUACUACUUCUCAUUUGUUCUUUAGCUGUUGCUCAAUAAGCAUUUUACGAACUCCUCUUACCCCCCCCGGAACUUCCAGAGCAUUUCAUUCACUUGCUCAAACCCAACUCAAACCGUAGACUCCGUCCCUCUUCCUUUCUUUCCUCUCAACAUCAACAAUUACCACCCUUUCCUCGAAACUUCACCAUCUCUUCAAUUCGAACUAUUUGCCUCUUGGGGAAUCUGCUCACACACAAUCUUUCAAUUGCCCCAUACAACCUUGCAUGGUUCAAAUAUUCAAAAUCGAAAAAAAACUACCGCCCAUUCGCGAUCUCCUGGCCGACUCUUCCGGUACCAAAUUAAGUUGUCAUAAGCGACCAUUCUAAAAGUACCAGACCUUCUACUGUGUGGACCUUUGUUAUAACGAUACUUCUUACCGUUGCUCGUCGAUAUUAAUUUCGUCUCUUUCGAAAGUUCUAGUCGAGUCUCAAUUGUUUCAAUCGUCUUGUCUCUUUCACGAAUUAUACUUCAACGUCUGAAUUCUUUCAAACACUGGCGGACAUAUUCACCUUGCCUGCGGGCUCUUGCCUCAAACUGGGCUUCCGCCCCAAUCACAAACGAUCGCAAUCAUGCCGGACGUCGACAUGUACGCAGAACCCGAGGAGGAUGCACCUGAGCCAGGGACGAGGCGAAUGAGAUGGGCCACACAAAGAGUGUCCCCCAAAGGUAGUGAUAAGAAGAGAACAUCGAUAAUGGAUCGGUUGCAUCCGCGUAAGUCGCAAAGUAGUGAGAAGAGAGACUCUGCCGGCGCAAGUUCAAUGGGAACGGAUCUUGACAGGAUACAAGAAGAACAAUCAAAUGAAGCUGCGGAGGAACAGGCGGAGGAUGACGAUAAUGACGGUCAAGGACCUAGAAAGGUUUUCUUUAAUCUUCCGUUGCCACGGGACGCGAUCGACGAGUCGGGUCACCCCUUGGUGCAUUAUAAACGAAACAAAAUCAGAACUGCAAAAUACACUCCUUUGAGUUUCAUACCGAAGAAUAUUUGGUUUCAAUUCCACAACAUCGCGAACGUGUAUUUCUUGUUUUUGAUCAUUCUCACCAUCUUUAGUAUCUUUGGUGCAUCUAAUCCAGGUCUCAACGCUGUUCCCUUGAUUGUUAUUGUCGCAAUUACAGCUAUCAAAGAUGGAAUCGAAGAUUAUCGCAGAACCAUUCUCGACAAUGAAUUGAAUAAUUCGCCCGUUCAUCGCCUUGUUGACUGGAACAACGUAAACGUCAGCGAUGAUGACAUUUCACUAUGGAGGAGAAUCAAAAAGGCUACUUCACGUUGGAUCGUAAGGACACUCAAGAAAAUGAAGAAAGACAAAAAGCUACCCGGAGAGACGUAUGCCCAACGUGCUAUGGAUGUGGACGAGCCUCGACCCUCUUUCGAGUCAAGGGCUGCGCGAGACGACAUUCAAAUGACACCAGUGCCCUCUCCCCUUCCACGAGAUGGCGAGCUUGAUGUUCCCGAUCGCCCGACGACAGCUUUCUCUUACGAUGAUGCUAACGGGAAAGCCCCUGCGGAGAAGAAUUUCGGAAGUUUGAUCAACCGCAGCAAUGCAGUAACUGGAAAACCCAGAUUUCAUCAGGAUUAUUGGAAGAAUGUGCAAGUUGGUGAUUUCGUUCGUAUCUACAACGACGAUCAGAUCCCAGCAGACAUUGUGAUUUUAUCUACCUCUGACCCCGACGGAGCUUGCUAUGUUGAAACGAAAAAUUUGGAUGGAGAGACGAACUUAAAGGUACGACAUGCUCUUCGUAGUGGCCGAAGCAUUAAACACGCUCGUGAUUGUGAAAGAACGGAGUUUACUAUCGACAGCGAAGCACCACACCCUAAUCUUUACCAAUACAGUGGUGUGGCUCGUUGGACGCAAUACAAUGGAAAAGAUGGACCAGGCGAGGACAUGGUUGAGCCGAUCUCGAUUAAUAACUUGCUUCUCCGUGGAUGCAAUCUCAGGAAUACAGAUUGGAUUCUCGGAGUUGUCGUAUUUACCGGUUUUGAUACCAAGAUCAUGUUGAACUCUGGAAUCACUCCAAGUAAACGCUCACGCAUCGCCCGGGAACUCAAUUGGAAUGUCGUUUACAAUUUCAUUCUUCUUUUCACCAUUUGUUUCGCUUCUGGUCUUGUCGAAGGUAUCAUUUGGGGACAAGGCAACAAUACCAUUGAUCUAUUCGAAUUUGGUUCCAUUGGUGGAACCCCGGCACUUGACGGUUUCAUCACUUUUUGGGCUGCUCUUAUUCUUUUCCAGAAUUUGGUACCAAUUUCAUUGUACAUCACGAUUGAAAUUAUCAAGACUUGCCAGGCGUUCUUCAUCUACAGCGACAGCGAAAUGUAUUACGACAAACUCGAUUAUCCUUGUACGCCUAAAUCGUGGAAUAUUUCUGAUGAUUUGGGACAGAUCGAGUAUAUCUUCUCUGACAAAACUGGAACUUUAACACAGAACGUCAUGGAAUUCAAAAAGGCCAGCAUCAACGGAGUUCCCUACGGAGAAGCAUACACUGAAGCCCAGGCUGGUAUGCAAAAGCGUCAAGGUAUUGAUGUAGAAAAAGAAGGUGCAAGGGCUAAACAGCAGAUUGCUGCAGCGCGUGCUAAAAUGCUGGUCGAUGUUAGAAAACUUCAUGACAAUCCGUACCUCCAUGAUGAUGAUCUGACUUUCAUUGCUCCUGAUUUCGUUACCGAUCUCGCUGGUGAAAGUGGUAAGGAGCAACAAGACGCCAAUUAUCAAUUCAUGUUAGCUCUCGCUCUUUGUCACUCGGUUAUUUCAGAAACCACACCGGGCGAUCCUCCCAAGAUUGAAUUCAGAGCUCAGUCGCCUGAUGAAGCAGCAUUGGUUGCUACUGCCCGUGAUGUUGGUUUCACUGUUCUCGGAAACUCGCCAAAUGGUAUUUUGUUAAACAUUCAAGGUGAAGAUAGAGAAUAUAGGGUUCUAAAUCAACUCGAAUUCAAUUCGACCAGAAAGAGAAUGAGUGCAAUUAUCCGUAUGCCAGACAACAGAAUCAUACUCUUCUGCAAAGGUGCAGAUAGUAUAAUAUAUUCUCGCUUAAAGCGAGGAGAACAACCAGAGUUGCGUCGUACGACAGCGGAACAUCUGGAGAUGUUUGCAAGAGAAGGUUUACGUACUCUUUGCAUCGCGCAAAGAGAGCUUGGUGAGCAAGAAUAUCAAGAUUGGAACCGCGAGCAUGAGAUCGCGGCUGCUGCCAUCCAGGACCGUGAAGAUAAGCUGGAAGCAGUAUCAGAUAUGAUUGAACGUGAUCUCACCCUUCUUGGAGGUACAGCUAUUGAGGAUCGACUGCAAGAGGGCGUGCCUGAUACCAUCGCACUUCUCGCCGAAGCCGGUAUUAAGCUCUGGGUUCUUACUGGUGACAAAGUCGAGACCGCCAUCAACAUCGGGUUCUCGUGCAACUUACUCAACAAUGACAUGGAACUUAUUGUCUUCAAGAUUGAGGAUGAACAGGUUUCUACCGCUGAAGCAGAACUUGACAAGCACUUGGCAGCUUUUAAACUCACCGGUUCCGACGCGGAGCUCAAAGCCGCCAAGAAGAACCACGAGCCACCGGCACCAACUCAUGCUAUUGUCAUUGAUGGCGACUCUCUUAAACUUGUUUUAGACGACUCAUUGCGACAAAAAUUCCUUCUCUUGUGUAAAGAGUGCAAGUCAGUUCUCUGUUGUCGAGUCAGUCCUGCUCAAAAAGCUGCAGUUGUGGCAAUGGUCAAGGGCGGUUUGGACGUUAUGACUUUGUCUAUUGGUGAUGGCGCAAAUGAUGUUGCUAUGAUCCAAGAGGCAGACGUUGGAGUUGGUAUUGCUGGUGAAGAAGGAAGACAAGCUGUGAUGUCCUCUGAUUAUGCUAUUGGUCAAUUCCGUUUCUUGCAGCGACUUGUGUUGGUCCAUGGACGAUGGUCAUAUCGCAGAUUGGGAGAAACCAUUGCCAACUUUUUCUACAAGAACGUCGUAUGGACUUUUACAAUUUUCUGGUAUCAGAUCUUCGCCAACUUCGACAUGACAUAUCUUUACGAUUACACUUACAUCCUCUUGUUCAACUUGGCUUUUACAUCCGUGCCUGUCAUCUUCAUGGGUGUUUUGGAUCAAGAUGUUUCAGACAAGGUCUCUCUUGCGGUUCCCCAGCUCUAUAGACGAGGCAUUGAGCGAAAAGAAUGGACUCAAAAGAAGUUUUGGCUUUACAUGGCCGAUGGCUUGUACCAAUCUGUCAUAAUUUUCUUCAUGGCAUAUUGCUUGUUUGACUCUGGCACUUUUGUUACUUCAAGCGGCCAAAACAUCGAUGACCGAGAGCGAUUUGGAGUUUACGUAGCACCUGCAGCCGUCGUCGCCAUCAACGUAUACAUCCUAAUCAAUACCUAUCGUUGGGAUUGGCUCAUGGUCCUUCUUGUCACCAUAAGUAUUCUCUUGGUUUGGUUUUGGACUGGCGUUUAUUCAUCUUUCACCUCGUCGGACUACUUCUACAAAGCCGCUGCCCAAAUUUUCGCACAAGCCACCUUCUGGGCCGUCACCUGUCUUUCUGUAGUCAUCGCCCUUUUACCACGAUUUGCUAUCAAGGCUGUGCAAAAAGUUUACUUCCCAUACGACGUCGACAUUAUCCGCGAGCAAGUUCGCCAAGGCAAGUUUGAUUAUCUUGAUAAGUCCGAUGAGCGCAUGGACACAAUGUCCAAGGAUGGUUCAUCGGCAUCUUCUUCUGAGAUCACGAAGCCGAGUAAGCACAUCCACUAUCCGAGCAUUGAUGAAGACCAACGACCCAUUUACCCUCCUUCAGUUGCUCCGACGAACACCACACACAAUCCUCGAAGUCAAAACGGUAGCGACGGAACCGACUUUACAAGACAUAGAGGUUCGAUGGACCAACUUGGUCCUCGGGUCUCCGUUGACAGGCCACGACCCUCCUUCGAUAGACUGCGAACGUCGUGCGAUCGAGUUAGACCAAGUUUUGAGGCUAGUAACGACUUUACUUCGGCAGCCCUUUUAACACGCUUAGAAUCAAGUCAAUCAUUUGGGCCGCUAAGAAGUAGGAGGAACGAAGACAUUUCACAAUGAUACCCGAAUAUCAUAUUCACUCUUUUCCGAACCGGGAGACUGCGACGAACUGUACCAUACAUUUUCCUUUUCUUUUGUUGAUACAGGAGAUAUUAAGCAUAAUGAUCUGCAGGAGCGAUCUACGACCUUUGUGUUCUACAUUUGGUUUUCUUUUGCAUUGGUGUUAUAGGCGUUUUAAAUGACAUGAAAAGGCACUAGGCCAUAUUAUCUUAUUUUGUUUUUGCUUUCCAAGUUCUUUUUGCUGGCGAGGGCAUGUUGGUUUUGGAAGAUAGUUCUAGAUCUUCACUUCUGAUGGUGUAUACUCAGCAGUGAUAGUAGGAUCCGUGGUCCAUUUGUAUAUAGCGAUUGCAAAGCAAACAAGUGCACAGAGCUUCAAUAUAGAGAGCAGUAUAAUCUAACUUAUCAUUUAUAUACCUUGAUGAUUGUUGUGACUUGGCCUGCCUUAAGCCACGAAAAUUGUAGAUUGUAGGAUGAUUGUACUGUCUCCAUUUGUGAUUUAAUAUGAGCUUCAUUGGACUUCUGAA